UACUGAUCCAGGAAGUAAUAUUUCAAAAGUUCAAUUUACACCUGCGAUCAUAGGAAUAUAAUUUCCAAAUGACGAUUUUUGAAAGUGCGGACUCACUUGAUGGGGGUGGCGAUACACACGACUGUGGUCAUGAUCAUGGCACUGGACAACAGAGCAUUGACAAUAUGAGAUACGAGAGAUACCGCCUAGAAACUUUCAGUAGAUGGCCACAGUCAGCCAACGCGGAUAAGAACCAAUUGGCAGCCAAUGGCUUUUAUUACAUUGGUGAUGGCAAUGAUGACAGGGUUCAGUGCGACUUUUGCAAAAUAAUUCUGAAGAAAUGGGAACUAGGAGAUGAUAUCCAGGAGGAACAUAGAAAGCAUGGUCCGCAAUGUCCUUAUGUAAAUGAUCCUGCACAUGCCGGCAAUUUUCCUCUUUCUUUUAGGAGGUUAGAUAGUACCAAUCGUCACCACCACGGCCCCCGCCACAGAGAGUAUCAAGAAAGGCAGAUGAGAUUCGAGUCUUUUCACAACUGGCCUAUUAACAGAGAAAGAAGACCAACCCCUGGUGAACUGGCAGAUGCAGGAUUUUUCUACCUUGGUCAAGGCGACUCUGUCAAAUGUUUCUAUUGUGGAGGAAUGUUGAGACACUGGGGAGAAACAGAUGAAGUGUGGGCAGAACAUAUGAAAUGGUUUCCUCUUUGUCUAUUUGUCGUAGAACACGAUCCAUCAUCUCACGAAGAAAUUGGGCGCCAUCUUCAAAGAACUAUUAGUGGAAUAGCCUUGUCAAACGGUUACUCUGAUGAUGAGAUAAGUGGGUACAGACAAUACAUUGAAGACAAUGAAAUUGAACAUCCAGAGGAGUACGGGGAAUUUGUAAAUCAACUAGACCAGUUUAGGCAAAGGCAAGGUCCUAUAUCUGCCCCUAAUGUAGCCAGCAGUGCAACAGAAACAAAUGAAGUAAAUCCACAACAGGCAGCUGGUAGAACCAAUGUGGAAGAUCAGAACGAGCGUUAUUUGUGUAAAGUUUGCUAUCAAAGUGCGUUAGAAGUUAUUUUUUAUCCAUGUAAACAUGUGUGUUGUUGUAAGGAGUGCGGUGAUAAGCUAUCAGACUGUCCUGUUUGUAGGACAGCCAUCAGGGGGAAACUACAGCUUUUCUUUCCUUAGAAUUGUUUUAUAAUUGUUAUAUAUAUAGUCUACACUUUUUUCAUUAAUUUCAGUUACAUGUAACAGUCUUUCCUUAUAAUGUAAUUCUAAAAAGACGUAAAUCAUGAUAAAAACGUUGAUGACGUCACGGUCACAUGACAAAAUUAUGUCUAUGAGCUGAUAGACAAAACACUUUCAGCCAAUCAGAAGACGUGUUACAUCCAAAAUUAGAUUAUAUACAUAAAACAGAACUAUUUUGUUUUAAA